UGGAGCGCGGAGUGCUCCGUCAAACGAGAGGGGAUUUCAUUUGGAUUCAGAACUGUUGCUUUUUUUUUCUCUCCGGAGCUUAACACCGGCACCCUGAGUAGCAAUAACUGGAUUUAAGGACCGAAGCACCUGUUUGAACCUUUACCUGACUAUGACGUUCCCAGGAUAAUCUAGAAAAAGAAGGAGGAAAUCUAGAACAAAACUGUGGAAGUGAGGAUGUUUUUCCUGGGAAAGGGACGGAACUUCAAAACAAUCGCAGGAGUCCAGACUGUUGGGGGAUGUACGUUCGGGUCGGUGAAGAAUUCUGAUGUGUACUUUAAAGGUAUACAAGACCAAUGUGUUUCCAGUGAGCGGUGCUGUUGAGGAGACCACGGUAAGGUAGUGGCGUUGAAGUGACAAGUUUUUCUGGGAUGCUCUGACUGAUACAUUUUGACAUGAGAUGAGUCGUUCAGAAGAUGCUGCCUUUCUGUUGAAACUUGCUGAAGGCUAAUUCCUUAUCUCUAAUUUUGGAUGUUUUUGGGUGGUAAGCAUCAAGGAAACUGAAUUAUAUAAGAAACUUUUUUUAAUAGUAUUUUAGCUUUGCAUUACUCAUCUGACAUUUUCAACUAUGUGAGUAAUUUUUCCGCUUGGAAAAUCAUUCCUGGGCUCAAACAUCAUCUUCAUAAACAGUAAGAACAACAGCACCACCACAAACAGCUGUAAUGAGGAAAAGCCUUGAGCUUCUCUGGGGAAUUUUGAUUUUUAGGUGAAAACGCUUAAGAAAAAGCUCUCUCGCUGACAAUUGUCUUUUAACCCCUUCAGGCUUCUCUUCUCUGUGGAGUGGGUUUGUAAUGCGCUGUGUGUGUUUGAGGGUGAAGGGGAUCAGAAUGAUGUCUGACUCUGUUCUGCUGCGAGUUCUCCUCAUGUCACUGCUUGGGUGUCGCUCCCUGGCCCAGGAGGACGCCACCACCGACCUGGACAUGACCACCGCCAAUCAAACGGAGGUGACCUCCUUCACCCCGGUGACCUCUGAGUCGGCGGACGACACCCUCCUCCUGACCCUAACUACCCCGACCAUGGAGGUGGAGGAGGAGACGGUCCCGUCAACGGGCAUGCGCUGCCAAGGCUACUACGACGUGAUGGGCCAGUGGGACCCGCCGUUUAACUGCACGGCAGGCGUUUUCCUCUACUGCUGCGGCACCUGCUUCUACCGCUUCUGCUGCCAGUUCCGCCAGCAGCGGCUGGACCAGACGUCCUGCUCCAACUACGACACGCCGCUUUGGGCCAACACGGGGAAGCCUGUGAUCACCGUCACCGACCAGGCCGACGUGGAGCGCGACCGCACGCACAUGAUCGUCUACAUCAUCUGCGGUGUGGUGGCCAUCAUGGUGCUGGUGGGCAUCUUCACUAAGCUGGGCCUGGAGAGGAGCCGAGGAGGGCAGAACGACCUGAGCAACAGCAGGACCCUGCAGGAGCUGCUGAAGCAGCCGGGAGUGGAAGUGAAUACAGUGGACAGCAACGUGAACAACAACCCCUCCCAUGGGGCCAAUGGCUCAGCCAGGAUGCUGCGCAGCCGGAGUGAGCAACACCACCUUAACAGCUCUGCGUAUACUCCGUUUGGACACACCAUGGGCCUCCCACAUCACCAGAGCAACCUCAGCAUGCCCGGCCUCAACAAGUACACCUCCCUGAAGGCAGUGGCUGACACUGCCAACCGCAGCUACUACAAAAGCUACCCGCUCAUGGACUUCGCGCAGUACCAGACGCAGCCCAUAGCCUUCCAGCCCAUCCCCAUGCACUUCAAGGACAAGUCCUACCUCCACCGCGUGCCCCCGGGCCACCACCACGACUUCCACGCCCCACUCUCCAUUGCCAUCCCCCCGCCCCACCUGGAGCGGGCACGCAUGCCCAAGACCACCACCCACCCCCUGCUGGCCAGCUCGGCCUUCCGGGCAUGGGACUCGUCGGGCCGGGGCCACGUGCACCGGCAGACCUCACACCCGGGCCACCCGUCAUACCCGGCACACUCGGCGCACCCGGCGCACUCGGCGCGCCGGCAGACCUACGCCAGCAGGAGGCAGUACAGCAUAGAGGCCUUGCACGAGCUCUUCCCCCAUUCGGUCAGCUACGGGAGCCACCUGUCCCACCACCAGUACCAACCCAAGUACAAGGGCUACACCACCAACAGCAAGACAGAGGUCACCGUCUGAGAAGAGUGGAGGAGAGUGAGCGUGUGGACGGGAGUGGACACUGUGGAGAAGUUGUUGGAGUCACACGAGUAAGCUAUUCAGUGGAACUCAACUGCAGUUACAAAAUGGAUGAGCAUAUAACAAGGGACUUGCUUUUCACUUGUUUCUCCGUCUUGGCUGUCCUGUCCACUGUGCGUCAUUCCCCUUAUGGACAUUUCUUUCUUUUCCCUCGAGCUCUCCCUCUAUCUCUCUCUCUCCCUCCAUCUCUCGCUCUGCACCAACAGGCACUGCACCCUCCUCCCUCUUCACAGUGUUGAGGUGCGUUUUCAGGUCGUCUGGCGCCACGUUAAGCAGUUUCCUCCCGGGGGCCACACUAACUCAAUGAGCAUGACGCUACCAUCACAUCAGCUUCAAUCAG